AUGCAAAAGGUGUUUUUAACGUUACAAGAACGAUCACGUUAUAAAUUGAGUCGUUGUCGAUUAGUAGGUGGUGUUGGUAAGAAGACAUCGAUUUCAUUAAAAUAUGACUAUGAUUGUGUAAUUUAUGUUAAUGAAGUUGAUCCCCCAUUCGAAAAACUUCUUGACGAAUGGGAUGAUAUCUUAAAAUUAUAUUUGAAUCAUCUUGUUGGCGAAACAAAAAUCAUACAAUAUAGUAUUCAGUUUAAAAUUGGAGAACUUGAUUUUGAUAUCUUACCUGCACCAAAUUAUGCUGGUUUAACCAACGACAUUAUGGUGCAAGCUAUUGGGUUGGCAAGAAAGUUUUGCGUCUUUUUUUAUGGGUAA